UCGGAGAUAAUCAUUCAGAUUGGAAAUGCGAGGGCUAUGGGGCUAGCACGCGAGACAGACUACUGCGAGCGUCAGGCAACGGCGCUUUUUCGCUGCUGCUGCAAAGUGAGGUUCUCUCAGAGGGGAGAGAUGGAGAAUGAGCGAGAGACGGGUAACGAGGGGAUGGGAACAGG